AACACACACUGUCUUGACGGCUGCAGCCGCGGUUAAAAAACAUACGACACACGUGCCUUUUGACUUGAACGCAAUCUAUUGGCUCACGUUUCACGACGUAGUCGGAGCACAAUUAUUACCAUAUCGCGAGCCGCAGCAGAUUACUCUCUCCGUCCUGACCACGCUUGAUAAAAUCCACAUUCAAUUUUCCGCGGCCCCUGAUUGGCAUAGAGUGAUCCUCGCUGCUUAGCUGCCUAAAUUUCGUAGCCAUGAAUCCCGAUUUAGUGGCAGUGAUCGAGUUUUUGGGGUGUGUGCCGCUGCUCCAGACGCUGCCUAGCUCGUCUCUGAAGAAGAUCGCCGAAGUCGUAGCCGUCAAGCGCUACGACCAAGGAGAUUAUGUAGUUCGUGAAGGAGAAGUGGCAGAUGGAAUUUAUUUCGUAUGGGAAGGAGAGGCUGAGGUCUGUGGAUCUUUUCAUUCUGAUGAUCAAAAUCACGCUGACUAUCAUUUGAAGCGAUACGACUUUUUUGGUCAUGGUAUGACAUCAUCUAAUCAGUCAGCAAAUGUGCUUGCUUUGUCUAAGCUGACUUGCUUAGUCCUUCCAAACGAUCAAUUGUAUCUGUUAAAAUCAAAAUCAAUCUGGAGUGCGGAUGACACACAGGAGAAACGCCCACUCAUCGAGCAAAUUCUACAACUGGAUCCUAUAGAGGUUAACAUUUUCCAAGGUAUUACUUUGCCUGAUGCACCAAAAUUUGGAAAAGUGUUUGGCGGGCAAUUUCUUGGACAGGCACUGGCUGCAGCAUGUAAAACUGUUGAUUGUCUAAAGAUUGUUCACAGUUUGCAUGCAUACUUCCUUCUUCUUGGAGAUUUUAACAUACCAAUUAUAUAUGAAGUGCAUCGUGUACGUGAUGGGAAAAGCUUUGCAACCCGAAGGGUAGAAGCUAUACAAAGAGGGAAUGUCGUGUUUACACUAACUGCUUCUUUUCAGAAAGAGGAACAACAGUUCAUUCACCAGGUGGCAACAAUGCCUUCCGUGCCUGAUCCAGAAAAGCUUUUAUCCAUGGAAGAGUUGCGAGAACAACGUCUUGUUGAUCCUCGGCUUCCGAGGACAUACCGUAACAAGGUUGCCACUACUGAAUUUUUGCCAUGGCCCAUCGAGAUUAGGUUCUGUGAGCCUAAUACUAACACCAAUUACACAAAGUCUCCUCCAAGUUUAAGGUACUGGUUUAGAGCUAAAGGAACACUUUCUGAUGAUCAGGCUUUGCACAGAUGCGUCGUGGCUUAUACUUCUGAUCUGAUUUUUCUCCAAGUCAGUUUAAACCCACAUCGCGAAAAGGGUUUGAAGUCAUCUUCUGUCAGCCUAGACCACUCGAUGUGGUUUCACAAGCCCCUAAGGGCUGAUGAUUGGCUGCUGUAUGUGAUUGAUAGUCCAAAUGCUCAUAGUGGUCGUGGAUUUGUUACUGGACGAAUGUUUAACCGAACAGGAGAGCUAGUUGCUUCGUUGACACAAGAGGGGUUAUUGAGGAAGGCCAGGUUACCAGCUCCAGCUUCCCAAUCCAAACUAUAAAAUUCUGCAAGUACCUUAAUCAACUCUAUUUUUUUUUUCCAACUCUAAUAUGUUGUGGCAGAGAUAUAAAAAUAUGCGUAUAACCUUCUUAUAUGUAGUUCCUACCUCAAAACUCUCUCUCUCUCUCUCUAUUAUCUUAGUAAGACACUGUCAAAUGAUGGCCAAAACCAAAGGAUCAAACACAUGGUUUCCUUUUAAGGCAGGAUGGAGAAUCCCAAUGGUAUCAAUCCUGCCCAUGAAUUCUUUCAUCCUAUUCAACACAGACAUUACUUGAGGUUUUCUGUUUGA